CGAGAAUGUGUGUCAAAGUCGACCAAUCGCCUCGCGCGUUGUUGCCUGGUGGCGUGUGGCCGGUCGGGUUGCAGUUUGGAAAAGGAGAAGCGGUUAGCGGAGGCGUCGUCGGUGCUGCGGAGCAAUGAACCCCAGGGACAACGUAGAGACGGGGGAGACGGAGAGCCACCCGGAGAGAUCCUACGUGCUGAUUCCGCAUGAAGCGCCGUGCAAGCAGGAGCAAGAGAAGCUGUCGGGGCUGGUCAAAAACGUCCACAGGAAACUGCGCAGAAAAUACAAAGAGGUGGGCGACUUUGAAAAGAUCUGGCGUGAGCACUGUGAGGACGAGCAGAUGCUGAGCGAGUACGCCUUGGCCAUGAAGAAUCUCGCUGAUAACCACUGGACCAAAAACUGUGAAGGAGAGAACCGCAUCGAGUGGUGUCGCAGCGUCUGUCAGGAGUAUUUCCUGCAGGGUGGGAUGAAAAGAGUUUUAGAAAAAGAUGAGAAGAGUGCCAAGGGGGCUACGAGCCUGCCUGCAGCGUCGGUCAAUGCCCAAGCACACAGCGCCAUCCCCAGUUCAAUCUCCCAGCUGGGGAAAAUGCGCCUCCUGGAUGUUGGAAGCUGCUUCAACCCGUUCCUGAAGUUUGAUGAAUUCCUCACAGUUGGAAUUGACAUCGUGCCUGCAGUAGAGAGUGUUUACAAGUGUGACUUCCUCAACCUUCAGCUCCAGCAGCCUCUGCAGCUGGCGGGGGACGCGGUGGAAGCCUUCCUGCGCCAGCUCCACAACCCCAUCGACGCCCUGCCGGCUCAGCUGUUCCACGUGGUGGUUUUCUCCCUGCUCCUCUCCUACUUCCCCUCCCCGUACCAGCGCUGGAUCUGCUGCAAGAAAGCCCACGAGCUGCUGGAGUUGCACGGCCUCCUGCUCAUCAUCACGCCCGACUCCUCCCACCAGAACCGCCACGCCCUCAUGAUGCGCAGCUGGAGGGUGGCGGUGGAGUCCCUGGGCUUCAAGCGCUACAAAUACGUCAAGUACUCCCACAUGCACCUCAUCGCCUUCCGGAAGGUGUCCCUGGCCACCAGCAGCGAUCUGGUGUCGCGCAACUACCCUGAGAUGCUCUACAUCCCUCAGGACUUUAACUCCAACGAGGAGGAGGACUGCGCCGACAUGCCGGCGCAGGCGCGCUCCGAGUUUGAGGACGACCAGCUGGCGUGGAGCUUCACGGAGCUGCCGGACACGCCGUACGAUUCCGAUUCCGGGGAGAGCCAGAGCAGCUCCGUACCGUGCUUUCAAGAGCUGGAAGACCCCAUUCUGCUCCAGAGCUAGACGGAACCAGCAUCCCCUUCUCCUCCUGCUCUCCUCCACCGUCUCCCCCCCUUCUGCUGCUGCGCUGCCAAAUUCAAACCUGCUGCAUUCUUCUCCUCCUUCCCCCUUUUCUCCCAAGAAAAUGCAAUUUGCACAGUGUGACAGAGAAAAGUUUACAGAUUAUUUUCUCAUAUCCACACUCCAUUAAGAGUACAAAUGCACAUACUGACACUAAGAUGGAUAUAUUUUCAUAUAUAACUAGGUUUUUUUUUAAUAUUCGGAAAUUGACCCCCCCAACUCACCUUUGUAAUGCAAAUCUCCCAAACAGUUCCUAGAAACAAUCCAAAUCAGCUUGUCAACAUUCGGUCUAUAUUUGAAUAAGCUAGUGUUACAAGCAACCUGAGAGUCAGCGGAGACGAAAGGAGUCGCUCCUGUCAUGCAGCUCGGUUUCCUGCAAACUAUUGAUGUGCUUUUAGUUUACCUAGACGAAAAAAAAAACUUUUUUAAUUUAAAAUAUACUCCAUAUUUUUAGUCAGAUGUUGGUGUUAACCUGUGAAAUCUGUGACGAUGCUGUUUGAACUGAAUGACUUGUGUAGAUUUAACAAGUAUUUGUAGCAUUUUUAGAAUCCUACAGUAGAAGAAGUGUUACCCUGGUUUACUUUUGUGAAAAUGUAACUGUUUACUUAUUAAUGUGCAAGAAGGUACAAAUGUAAAAUAGGUACUUUUUUGGCUUCAUUCUGAUUGAAGUUUGUCGGAUACUGACUUUUUUUUUUUU